CCAACUUUUAUGCCACUGGCAUCAGCAGCAGUCGUAGAAUGUGGGUCCACAAGAGCUCAGUCAUUUAACAGUGAAGUCACGCGGUCACCUGACGGUCGCGACGCCAAAAUUCACGGUUACUGCACUGCCGCGUCUGCUGCAUACCAUGAACCAGCUGCCAAGGUUAGACUCUUGUGCUCUAGGCGCCCCGAGUUCCUACGAGGUCCAAUUCCGAAGAUAUGGAUUUUACCAGCUUUGAUGAGCGUCCCAGCAAGAAAAGGCGCUUUUUCGAAGAUGCAACACAGGAGAUGGCCGGCAGCACGCAGGGUGCCCCGCCAGCGCCCUCUCACCCCAACCAAGGAACUGGAUACUUCCAAGAUGCUGAUCAAGACAUUCGACGGACGGCUCUUGUGACAUGUUCCCGAAGCCCAGAUACAUCUGAGACAACUCACCACCCAGAGCCACAUCUCGGAAAAUUCCCAGGCCGUUUGAGCGAUCCUCCAAGAGAUGGAGAUCCCCAUUCCAAUACCUCGACCGCCGUCGGUUUCGACCAGGCGAUCUUCGAGAGCUUCGUGGGCGAUAAAGUUAGCGAGGAUGUAAUAGCACUCAUUCGAGAAAAUUGCGGCCACAACACAGAAAGGGCGAUCAAUAUGUACUUGGACGGUACAUGGAAGCACCUGAAGAGAAAGACAUCGGCUCGAGCACCUGGGCGUCCAUCAGGCCCGGCCGCAGGACCUCACUCAGAAGCGGACCCAAGCUCGCCCUUUCUGCGAUUCUCAACCCUACAUUCAAUGCCGGAAUCGAGGUACAUUGGCGCGUUUGGCGUCGAAGGGUGGACAACGCGUUCCGGCGUUGGCUUGCUGAAGUACGGCGAUGUGGUCAAGAUCGAGCGCCAGAAGAUUGGGGUUCCUAGUUCUACGUCCCAGAAGGGACAAACCAAGCUGGGGCUUGCUCAGACGCCGGCUCGUGUCAGCGCCGCCGCAGCUAAACGGGCAGACGUGAUCGUCCGCUUCACCAACAAGAGCGGCAGAGAGAUCGGGCGGCUGGCCAAGGAGACGGCAAACUGGGUCUCAACACUGAUAGACCAGAAAAUCUGCAAGUUCGAAGGAACAUGCGUCUAUGCCCCCGAGAGACUCCGUACCAAUGACACGAUCUUCAUACAACUUCGGUGUUCUCUGUUGAGGUCUGCGUUCUUUGGUCGUGACGUGCAGGUCGCCGAUAACAGGACAACUGGACUCUUCGAGGAAAGGGAGACAUCCGAAGAGAGAGACUUACGCCUGAGACAGGUUGCCCUUGUCAAGCUCUUCCAGGAGAUCAAUCUUCUACCGCUCAGAGGGAAUGCGGCGGCCGCAAGAAACCAACGGCAGGAACUACUCCACGCGGCAGAGAUGGCUGAGAGCAAGAAGAAGGAGACAACCAAGCCGCAAGACCAAGACAAUGCUGCCUCAUCAUCCCCUUCGGACGAUAAUGAUGAGGGUCAAGAACUUGAACAAGACCAACUCGACGCUCUCUACAAGAAAGCGCAAUCCUUCGAUUUUAGCACACCCGAAGCAGAGCCUGCUGAUACUUUUGCUCUGACGCUCCGGACAUACCAGAAGCAAUCCUUGCAUUGGAUGCUGGCAAAGGAAAGGAACACGGCACAAGAGCAACGAGAAGCCUCGAUGCAUCCCCUGUGGGAGGAGUAUGCAUGGCCCACGAAGGACCACGAUGACAAGAAACUCCCCGAGGUUUCUGAACAACCCACCUUCUAUGUCAACCCAUACUCCGGCGAGCUAUCGUUGGAUUUUCCACGUCAGAAACAGCACUGUCUCGGUGGAAUUCUGGCCGAUGAAAUGGGCUUGGGCAAGACCAUCCAGAUGCUCAGUCUCAUCCACACGCACAGAUCCGACGUCGCAAUCGAGGCGCGCCGCGCCAAUCGAGCAGUGUCGUCGGUUAAUCAGCUUUCCCGCCUCCCUUCCGUUCGUGGCCGUAUCACGGCCACUGACGCUCCAUGCACAACCCUCGUCGUCGCUCCGAUGUCCCUACUUGCGCAGUGGCAGGGCGAAGCCGAGAACGCUUCACGGGAGGGCAGCCUGAAAUCCAUGGUGUACUAUGGCAGCGAAAAGAGCGCCGAUCUGCUGACGCUGUGCUGCGAAGCUAACGCUGCGGACGCUCCAGACGUCAUCAUUACCAGCUACGGCGUGGUACUAUCCGAGUACAGCCAGAUUAUCUCCAGGAACGGUGACAGGGCCAGCCACCGUGGGCUCUUCUCGCUGAACUUCUUCCGCGUCAUUCUGGACGAGGCUCAUAGUAUCAAGAACCGGCAGUCGAAGACGGCCAGGGCUUGUUACGAGCUUGCGGCGACGCAUCGAUGGGUGUUGACGGGCACCCCUAUUGUCAACAAGCUCGAAGAUCUCUUCAGCUUGGUCAGGUUCCUGAAGGUUGAGCCAUGGAGCAACUUUUCCUUCUGGCGGACGUUUAUCACCGUGCCAUUCGAGUCCAAGGAUUUCGUGCGGGCUUUGGACGUUGUUCAAACUGUCUUGGAGCCGCUCGUCAUGCGAAGAACGAAAGACAUGAAGACCCCAGAUGGAGAGCCACUGGUGGCGCUGCCCCCGAAGCAGGUCGAGAUCGUUGACAUUGAGCUCUCGAAAGCGGAGCGUGACGUAUAUGACUACAUCUUCACGAGAGCCAAACGGACCUUUUCUGCCAAUGUCGAGGCUGGCACCGUCAUGAAAGCCUUCACUACCAUUUUUGCGCAAAUCCUGCGCCUUCGCCAAUCGUGCUGCCAUCCCCUCCUGGUCCGGAACCCGGAUGUUGUAGCCGACGAAGAGGAAGCCGGCACGGCUGCUGACGCAGCCGCCGGACUUGCCGACGACAUGGACCUCCAGUCUCUGAUCGAGCGUUUCACAGCAACGACGGACGAUGCUACUGACUCUAACGCCUUCGGUGCCCAUGUUCUCGGCCAGAUCCGGGACGAGGCCGUCAACGAAUGCCCCAUCUGUGCCGAAGAGCCAAUGAUCGACCAGACAGUUACGGGAUGCUGGCAUUCCGCCUGCAAGAAUUGCUUGUUGGAGUACAUUAACCAUCAGACAGACCGCCACGAGAUCCCUCGUUGCUUCCAGUGCCGGGAGGUAAUCGACUCUCGUAAUUUGUUCGAGGUCGUGCGGCAUGAUGACGACCCGGACACAGCGAUGGUUGGUCAAGGGCCGCGCAUUACUCUGCAACGGCUCGGGGUGGGCAAUUCAUCGGCGAAGAUUGUCGCUCUGAUCAAACAUCUGCGGGAGCUACGCACCGAGAACCCAACGGUCAAGUCCGUCGUAUUCAGCCAGUUCACUUCGUUUCUCUCGCUUAUCGAGGUAGCUCUCGGGCGUUCAAAUAUGUCUUUCCUGCGACUGGACGGGUCUAUGGCCCAAAAGGCGCGUGCCGCAGUCCUCAACGAGUUUAGGGAAUCCAAAAAGUUCACCGUCCUGCUUAUCAGCCUCAAGGCUGGCGGUGUCGGUCUCAACUUGACAAGCGCCAAGCGGGUUUACAUGAUGGACCCCUGGUGGAGCUUCGCCGUCGAAGCGCAAGCCAUUGACCGAGUCCAUCGACUGGGACAAGAGGACGAGGUGAAGGUCUACCGCUUUAUUGUGAAGGAUAGCGUCGAGCAGAGGAUGCUCAGGGUACAAGAUAGAAAGAAGUUCCUUGCGACUUCCUUGGGCAUGAUGUCCGACGAAGAAAAGAAGCUGCAGCGUAUCGAGGACAUCAGGGAACUUCUCAGUUGAUGGAGUUGACCACACGGAGGACUGCGGACAUUGCGUAUCAAGGUGUUCCUUUCCACUACGAAUGUAGCCUGAUGAGCUCUGUUGCGCGUUCGAUUGCCCAUGGACGACGCCGAUACGAGGUGGGCGUUUUUGGCACGAGGUAUGACGGUUUAGAAAUGACCGAGGGUCUACUACACUUUGGCCACAUGCCUAACAUAGAUGAGGUUACAACACGCUAGCUGUUGCCAUUAUUAUAGGCAUCUUGGACCUUUGCUGUCUUUUCCUGCAGAGACAGCUGAAGCAGUAAGC